UUGUGUACACAGCAGUGUUUCUGUUCCGAGUCAGCUGCGGCACAGUCCAGUAAACUGUUCUUGUGUAUUUUCACGAAAUUAAAAACCUUUCAUCCCAAUCAUGCCUAACCCCAGAGUUUUCUUCGACAUCACUAUCGGCGAUUCCGCCGCCGGCAGGAUUGAAAUUGAGCUUUUUGCUGAUGUGGUCCCCAAGACUGCAGAAAACUUCCGUGUCCUGUGCACCGGGGACAAGGGGUUCGGCUACAAGGGCUCCGGCUUCCAUCGCAUCAUCCCCGGUUUCAUGUGCCAGGGUGGUGACUUCACCAACCACAAUGGAACCGGGGGCAAGUCAAUCUACGGCAACAAGUUUGCCGACGAGAACUUUACCCUGAAGCACACGGGCAUGGGCUGUCUGUCCAUGGCCAACGCUGGCCCCAACACCAAUGGAUCCCAGUUCUUCAUCUGUACUGCUAACACCGACUGGCUGAACGGCAAGCACGUUGUGUUCGGCAAGGUCGUGGAGGGGCUCAGCAUCGUCGCUAACAUGGAGAAGAAGGGUUCAAGCAGUGGCAAAUGCUCCGCCAAGGUCGUCAUCGCUGACUGUGGAGAGCUCUGAGCACCCUCGCUCGUUCUGCUUUCAUCCCUCCUUCCCACCCUGCCUCCUUUCACCCAGCUUUUCAUCCCUCCCUCCACACAGCUCUAAGCAUCAAUCCCUCCCUUAAGCUCUCCCCUCCCCCGUAAUCAGAAACAUUCCCUUUAAGUGAGGUUUUUGUCCCUUGGUCCCUCCCUCCACACAGCACUAAGCAUUAACCUCUCCCCUCCCCUGUAAUCAGAAACAUUCCCUUUAAGUGAGGGUUUUGUCCCUUGGUCCCUCCCUCCACACAGCACUAAGCAUUAACCUCUCCCCUCCCCCGUAAUCAGAAACAUUCCCUUUAAGUGAGGGUUUUGUCCCUUGGUCCCUCCCUCCACACAGCUCUAAGCAUUAACCUCUCCCCUCCCCCGUAAUCAGAAACAUUCCCUUUAAGUGAGGUUGUUUAACCAUUCCUCUCCCUGACCCAACGGGUUGUCCUGUCUUGAACUAGUUUCAUUUGGCUUUUUGUCAUUUAUUUUUUGAAUUGUUCCAUCAGGACCACAUUGGUUUAGCAAAUUCUGAAUAAAGUGGCAAAAGAUUC